AUGGACCCAAACAAACAGGAUGCCCUUCUAAAGUACCAGAAAGUUAUCGCAGAGCAUGCGCAGGUGAUGGAGACGAUGCGGGAUAUAAACGAGUCAAUGAAGAACCAGACAGUUGAAUUUGAAAAGACGGAAAAGGACAUCAAUGCGCUGCAGAGUAUUGGGCAGAUGGUGGGAGAGGUGCUGAAGCAGCUUGACGAGGAGAGGUUUAUAGUUAAAACCUCGCAGGGCCCGCGGUAUAUUGUAGGAGCAAGAAAAAGCAUACCCAGAGAGCUUUUAGUUCUUGGUGCACGUGUGGCUCUAGAUAUAACCACACUUACCAUAAUGCGGCAUUUACCAAGAGAGGUGGAUCCAACUGUCCACGCCAUGUCAAUUGAAAAGCCUGGGGAUAUUUCAUUUGACAGCAUAGGUGGUCUGGCAGAGCAGGUGAGAGAAAUCCGGGAAGUAAUUGAGCUUCCGAUAAAGAAUCCUGAGAUAUUUAGCCGUGUGGGUGUGUCUGCUCCAAAGGGUGUGCUCUUAUACGGGCCGCCAGGAACAGGAAAGACUCUUUUAGCAAGAGCCGUGGCAGCAACACUCGACUCAAACUUCUUAAAGGUGGUGAGCUCUGCUAUUAUUGAGAAGUACAUUGGAGAAAGCAGUAGAAUGAUUAGAGAGAUGUUCACGUAUGCCAAAGAAAACCAGCCAUGUGUUAUAUUCUUGGAUGAGAUUGAUGCGAUUGGAGGAAAGAGGUCCUCUGAAAGUACGUCCUCUGACAGGGAGGUGCAGCGUACGCUUAUGGAGUUGCUGAACCAAAUGGACGGGUUUGAGGAGCUGGGAAGAGUUAAGGUCAUUAUGGCAACAAACAGGCCAGAUAUUUUGGAUCCUGCACUUUUGCGACCAGGUCGGCUUGACAGAAAGAUUGAAAUACCUCUUCCCACAAGCCAGGGCCGCCUGGAGAUACUAAAGAUACACUCGCAGAAGAUGGAGAAAAAGGGGGAUAUAGACUACAACACAAUUGUCAAGAUGUCUCACGGUUUCAACGGGGCUGAUAUAAGAAACAUCUGCAGUGAAGCCGGUAUGCUUGCAAUUAGAGAUGACCGAGACUUUAUUGUCCAGGAGGAUCUUACACGGAGUGUUCGUAAAAUAGCCGAGCAGAAGAAGCUAGAGGGGCGCAUGGACUACAAGAAGGUAUAA